AUGGAAGAUCAAUCUAUUUUUAAAACUUUGGUCUUCUUCGUAUGGUUGUUUAUAUUUCUCGUUGAUGCAUCAAGAAAAUUUGAAAAAAAUAUUUACUCAAAAACAUCAUUUACUUCUGGAAGAACUACAAUUGAAACUGCACUGUCUGAAUGGUCUAUUACUGGAAGUCUGCUUACUGCAAGAGCUAUGUUUACAUCAUGUUUGACACCGAAUGGAAGAGUUUUAGUGAUUGGUGGAGUUACUGGAAAUGCUUACAAAAAUUAUGAUAGAUCGAAUGUUGGAAAAACGUUACGUAGUACUGAACUAUAUGAUCCAUCGUCAGGAAAGUGGACUAAAUCAGCUGCUAUGAAACAUUCGAGAUAUGCCCAUGCAGUAUCUCUUUUAUCCAAUGGAAAAGUUUUAGUAACAGGCGGAGAUAAUGAUGGCGAAUCUAGUUUGAAGACUGCUGAAUUGUAUGAUUUUUCAACUGGAAAUUGGACAACUAUUGAUGACAUGCCUGAUUGUCGAUCUGGUCACACAUCAACUGUCCUAUUAAAUGGCAAAGUGUUGACUGCAGGUGGAUGGUGUAACGCUAGUAGUUAUAAAAAACGUUCCUAUUUAUAUGAUCCAUCAAGUGGAAAGUGGACAACGACUGGUACUUUACAUAUGCAACGACGUGGCCAUACGGGAACUCUAUUAUCAAACGGAAAAGUUUUAGUCACAGGUGGGUUAAUUGAUGAACGUAAUGCAACAAAGAUCGUUGAAUUGUACGAUCCGUUAACUGGAAAUUGGACAAAAAUUAAUUCCAUGUACCAUGCUCGAGGUUAUCAUACGGCAUCCAUAUUAUUAGAUGGAAAAGUACUGAUUACUGGUGGUACUAAACAUGAACGUACUCAUGCUGAAUUAUACGAUCCAAUCACGGAAACUUGGACAAUUACUGAAAAACCAAUGUUUGAUCGAGCUUUUCACAGCGCAAGCCGACUACCAAAUGGAAAAGUAUUGAUUACAGGUGGGUAUAUUGAAUUUCAAAACCCUACAAAAAGUGCUGAAUUAUACGAUCCAACAACGGGAAACUGGACAAUUGUUGAUAACAUGCAUAUUAACCGAGCAUGGCAUAUUUCAGAAGUAUUAACGAAUGAAAAUGUUUUGAUUACUGGUGGAUCAUCUGGUGAUUAUUUACUUGCACAAUCUGAACUAUUCAAUGCAUCAACAGAAAAUUGGAUUCAUAUUGAUAAAUAA